GUAACAAGCACAUGACAGAAAGUACAAACUUGUAUAUUGUAAUAACGAUUCAUUCGGACAAAACAGAUAAAAAUUGAACUUGUAUGAAAAUGAGUGAAAGUUGCGACGUCAAUUAUACGAAUGGCGAAAAUAUGUCUAACAAAGGCGAUGAAUCCAGUGAAAUAGAACUUAAUAAAGAGACAAUAGACUGCAUAGAAAAAGUGCAAAAUGUAUUUACAGAGGCUUCUGAGAGUAAGGAGAACAUUGACACAGAUAUUCCUAAUGAAACUAUAAAAGAAAUAGACAAAGAUCUCGUACAAGAUGAACCAGACAGUAGCAAUGCACAUAAAAAGUUUUCAGAAAUCAUAGAUAGCGAUUUGGAUGAUGAGGAUUUGUUUCCUUCAAAGACAAAAAGAAAGAAACCUGUGUACGAUAGUUCAGAAAAUGAAACAUCCGAUUCCAAGGAGAGUAUUAAAUCUAAAGCACCUUUGAAUAAGAAAAAAACUAAGAUGUUUCUUGAUAGUGAUUCCGAUGAAACUUGUGACAUUACCUUUAAUAAUGAUAAUGUGGAAAUUUCAAAUGAAGAAAAGGCCACGAACGAUAUGCAGAAUAGAUUGAAAGCUAUAAUUGAUUCAGAUUCAGAGUCAGAAGCAGAAGAUGAAAAGCAAGUACAUCUCAUCAAAAGCGGCGCACACAAAAAACAGAAAGAACAUUCGGAGCCUAAAAGAAAAGUUUCGGUAAGGGCCUCCAAAGAAGAAGCUAUGAAACAGAUACACAGCGAGACACAGCGUUUGAUUAGGGAAAGAGAAGUUUCUCUUCCCUAUCACAUCCCUAAACAACGAACGUUGCAAGAAUUUUUAAGCAGGAAAAAGGUAUUAUCAGCCCUUCCAAAAGCCUCGACAAUGGCAACAAAGUUAAAAAUAUCUUCCACUAUCAUCGACGAAGCCCUGAAAGAAAAAGAGAAAGAAGCUGAAAUAUUUUACAAGUCUUCAGAUUCGGAAGAAGAAGAGGUAGAAAGUCAUUCUCCGGCAGAAAAAGAAAACGCAAAUAUAGAAAAUGCGCAAGAUCUUAAGAAAGAAAAUAUUUCGAGGAAAUUAUUUGUCGAUGACGAUUUGUGUAUCGAUAAUAACAAAGAAAAUAAUUCGAACGUGACACAAGAAGUGCAUGAAACUCUAACGGAAAUAAAAGAUACCGAAAGUAAUAAACCAUCGACGGAUAAUAUAACAGAAAACAAUACAAGUGAUUCGGCAAUAUUAGAAAUUCACGGUGAAAUUAAUGAAAACGAAAACCUUAAAUUGGGAACUACGGAGUUAGUCGAAGUAACGGAGAACAAAGUAGACGAUUUACUAGAAAAGAAAAAUGUUGAAGAGGAAAAUGCGAAAGAAAAUGCGACGAAUAGUAUCGAUGAAAGUAAUAAUGAAUCUUUAAAUACAUCUACUUCAAUAGUUAGCAAUGAUUAUGCGAAGAUAGUACAACAAUCGUUAGGAAUAGCGGCAGGGGAGUCUGACGAAUACAACGAAUAUGGUUUACCGCCACCUAAGUUCGACGACUCUCCAAAUAUCAAUGAACAGAAAAUGUUAUUGAGUCGACAAAGGGAGAAACCAAAACUGAAAGGCACGCCAGGUUUAAUAAUCGACUUAUCGGACGAUAUAAAGCCAAAUAAAAGUGGUAUAAAUGCGUUGAUAGAUCGAUUUGUGUUUAAACAUUCCACGAGCAAUAAACCAAAUAAAAACGCACGCGAUGUAACAGUGACGCAAGUUAAAGAAUCGCCAAACGAACUGGUGGUGAUUAAAGAAACACUUCCGUAUAAACCAGCAAAUAUCGAAAACGAGGAUCCUAUGUUGAGCAAACCUGGGGCAAAGUUAAUGCGCUUGAAGGAGGAAUUGAAACAUAAAAUGGCAUUGAAACGCAACGAGGAGUGGAAACAGAAAGAACAAGAUAUGAAGGAGCAGGAGAUAGAAUGGAACGAGUCUACGAACGAAGAAGACAAUUUGAGCGAACCGUGUUCGCCGAGCAUAGAGUCUUAUAAAAAAGAAGAAGAAGAAGACGAAGAUGAUGAUAUAUACGCGAAGAAAGAGAAUAAGAAAAGUAAAUGUGACUUUAUAGACUCGGAAGCCGAGGUUAGUGACGACGAAAUGAACGAUAGCGAUGAAAUUAUAGACGAAGACGAGGAUGAAACUUUGAAGGAAGAAAAGGAUUGUGAAAAAUUAAUUUUGGAAGACGACGACGGUAGUAGUACUUGCGACAGCAGUAAUAUAUCUUUGAAACCUAAAAUUUUUAAACGAAUCGUCGAAACGCUGGACGACGAUUCGAGAUCUUGCGACGCGGGAACCAGCGAAGUUAAGAAAACUUUCGACGCGGUCGGUAACGAAGAUUUCAGUGGUAACGAAAGUGACAUUCCUUUGUCGCAACAGCACGUUGAGAUCAAUUUAAACGAUCAAACGCCGCAAAGGAAGACGAACACCUUUAAUUUCGUCUCUCCUCUGACGCAAUUAACGGUAUUAAAUACUGAUUCGAUGUCCGAAAAGGAGUCUACCAAAGAAGAACAAUCGCAUGCUAACGAAACCGAAACGAUACUCUUGGAAAAUUCACAGAUCGACGAGUUGUUUCAACCAACACAGAAUUCUGGAAAGCAAGCGUCGCAGAAGAAGCUGUUCGUCGAUCAAACCAAUCUGUUGGACGAGGAGCUUAUGGAUUUGUGCUCUGGUAAAUUCACGCAAGAUAAGAACAGUCUCAAUUUAUCCAAGGAGCCAAACAUGACGGAAUCACAGUUGUUAGAACUGUGUUCUGGGACGUUUAGUACUCAAGCGAAUAAUGCGACGAACGCGAGGAAUCAGUUAUCGACCGAGAUGUCGCAGGACAAGUCGGUAUUGUUGGACGAAGACUCGCUGUCCAUCGAGAAAGACACGCGUAACAAAGAGCAGCCGUCGAAGGAGGAUGAAAUGCCUUGGAACAGAUUAAGCAUCGUGUCGUCCGACGAAGAAGAUCAGAUAGAAACAGAAAUAAAACGUUCGAAGAAAAAAGCGAAACGGUUAGAUAUGUCCGACGACGAGGACGAAAACGCGUCUGCGUCCGGCGACGAGCAGACGGAAGACGAGGACAAAUAUAUAGAUUACGACUCGGAAGAGAACGAAGUGGUUGUGUCGAAGAAAAAUAUAAAGCAAUAUGCCGCCAACUUUUUGGAGAAAGAGGCCGAGCUGAGCGAGAGUGACUGCGACGUUUCCGCGGACGAAGACGAAGAGGACUUGGACAAAUUAGAAUUAGAAGAAGUGGACGACGAGGAUAUCGACGAGACGGAAGUAAAACGACAGUUAGGGAAAUUUCAUAUGAGGCAAGUGUUGGACGAGGAUCAGAAAGAAGUGAAUAUGCUCAAAGAGUUGCUGUUCGAAGACGGGGAUUUGUUCAGCGAGAGUAAACGGGAGCGGAAGUUGAGAUGGAAAAAUAUAGAUAAACAGUUCGGUAACGAUACUUUUGGACCAUCGGAAGAUAAAGACGGUUGGGUUGAUUUUUCGGACGAGGAAGACGAAGCCAAGUGGCGUAAAUUAAGGCACGAAAGGGAAAAGUUCCUGGCAGAAAAGAUGGCGAACGUAAACACUGCGAUCGAGGAUGAUUUAAAUAGCAGCGAAGUGUUUAAAUUGGGUUUAAAAAUUCUGAAGAAGAAACGACUGAACGAAACGGAGUCGCAAGACACGUUGCUGGAGAUGAGCGAUUCGAAGAGGGAAUCAAGAAUACCCCACACUAUAGCGGACAUGUUGAAUAAUUCACAAGUGGAAGGCAAUUCGCGUACGAUACAUAGUGUUAUGAAGAAACGUUCGUUUCUCGCGAGAGGAGAGAAAUCGCUGAAACGAUUAGCUGUUCUGGCAAAACAGAAAGAUGCGCCGAAGCUGUCGAGAAAUGGAAAAAAUUUUGUUUUUACGUAUAUUGAACCGUCCAUGGAAAACAAGGACAUACCUAUCGCCGAAAAGGAACCUCAACAGAAUACAGUAAAAAGAAGACGGUGA